UAUGAGAAACCGCUCAUUGCUUAUCUCUCUCGCGAACGGGUGCCACAAACGAAUACCUUUCCCGCGCUAUUCUCAAUACAGUUCCGCUGAACGAUCAGUGAAAGUUCAGAACAUUCGAAUCCUAGCAUGUCCAGUGUCUGUUUAGCCCAUCUUCGACUCAGCUUGGUAUCCUCAGUCGACUGCAAGAAAAGUUGAGGCUUCUGCGCCCCCUCAGUGUUUAGUUUCCAGUGAAGACUGCCAGAAGACGAAGAUGAUCGUCAAAGCGACGACGCUACUGUUACUUUUCCGCUGCUGUCAGGUAUGGGCGCAAGUCGACAACGCUUGUUGCGGUGGCAGGAACCUUAUCACGGUAGAAAAGAAAUGCCUCGACGGUGAAAUGAGAAAAUUGUCUUGCGAUUCUCUGAUAAUGGUGUACGCUAACGACAGCGAGAUGUCCGUUGACGUAAAGGGCAAUCUGAUGUACGUGGACAGCGACGAAUUCAUAUCUCCAAACCAGUACUGCGUGUCGAAAUUGCAGAAAAACAACAGAGACAUCUACACCAUUUGCUACGAAGAAGAACCGCAAGAUGUGAGAAUUAUUAACGUCACACUCUCGUUUGUUUCCGUCUUUUUCAUCAUACUGACGAUAUGCGUCUACAUGAUGGUCCCCCAGUUGCUAGACACCCAGGGCAUAUGCCUGAUGCAAUCCAUAACCGGACUGGGCCUCAGCUUCAUCCUCCUGGGCGUCAUCAACCUCACCCAGUUCAUCCCCCACCACCACUGCCGGCUGAUCGCCUACUUGAUGUACUUCUCGUUCUUGUACGCCUUCUUCUGGCUGAACAUCCUCUGCUUCCACAUUUGGAAAAUGAUAGUUAAUCCGCAGAUAUUGCGGUCUAUUAAACGCUGGAAGAUGAUCUACCACAUAGUCGGCGUCGGUGGAUCCCUGCUCCUCCUGCUGUUCGUGCUCACGGCUAACUACUCGGGCUACGAGUUUUUCAACGGCAUCCACCCGGGGAUAGGCGACGCGAAGUGUUGGUUCAAAGAUUCAACGACUACCUUCAUAUACUUCUACGGGCCCAUAUCGGUGUUGCUCUGCAUCAAUAUCGUUUACUUCGUGUGGACCACCAUGGUGUUGUGUGAACAGAUGAAACGGUGCUCAGAAAAGACGGCCAAAGUACAGAAAUUCAGGUUACUCCUAUGCAUCAAACUGUUCUUCGUCAUGGGCAUAUCAUGGAUAUUCGAAGUAGUGUCGGCUCUAUUCGAAGAAAACACCUCCAGGUGGAUCUGGGUUAUACCUGACGCCCUUAACGCUCUCCAAGGCUUCCUCAUAUUCUUAAUACUGGUCGUCUUCCGGAAGAAAGUCGUCAGAGCCCUGGCGAAUAAGAAAAUCUUCAAUGCGGUAAGGCUGCCCGCCAAGUGGAAGAACGCCCAGGACGACGAGUGCGAAGAACUGGAAGAGGAACUGAGCCUCUCGGCUGUCUACGAGAAAAACGAGAAGAAAGCGGACAUACCCGCUUGAAUACUUGAAAGGGAAACGGGUGCCUCCAGCCGUAUUAUUCUGUAUAUGAGAGAGAGUUGAAAAUUUUCCAGUCUAGGCUAUGUAAGAAAGCAGACAUUCAAUUUUUCGGACAUAAAAAAUAAUUUCCUUAAUAUCCAAUGAAAAGCGAGGAUAAUGGAAGACUAUAACAAUAUCGUACUGAAUAUAUAGGGUGGCUCAAAUUAUAAAAGUUGCCUAAUAUUUUACUAAAACGUUCCUCGAAAUUAAGUCAUCUGGAAAAGACACUUCUUUUUUAUUUUGGCCCUUAACUUUAUAACGUUAAUAAUUUAGUGGAAUUUGGUUUUUGGGCAUAAGACUCUACUGAUCGCAACAGUUUUUCCAUAUUUUUCGCUGUUUUUGAGAUGCAAAAAUUUACUUUUUUCUUGUUGCUAAAUACUUGUUUUGAUUGGAAAAUUUUCGCCCAACCCUCGUAAGUGAUUCGGAUUUAAAGCGCGUUGUUUUGAUAUUAGAGACAUUAAAACGACAGCUUGGUGGAUCCUACGCUUAAUAGCUCGGACCUAGAAAAAAUAGACUGCGCGCUGCUGCACAAAACCGGCGACCUAAAAUCCAUGGCCAACGUACAAGGUCCAACCUCUCUGACGCUUGCUUUACGCCAGCACCAAGAACAGAUUUACACAAAACCUUCAUCAGGCCAAAUAGUACUUUAAAAUUCACCGUUUUCUUUCGUGAAAUUAAUUUGUUUGACCUUAGUUGGCCAUUUUUUAGGUACCUCGCCAUGGAGGCGCAAUUUCGAUUGUUUCUAGAUCCGUGCAUAACUUACUCGGAUUUUUAAGUUGGCCAUGUAUUGGCAUGGUAACGUAGUGCGAAUCGCACGUGUCAUUACGCAUAAAUUGUGGAUUUACUCUCGAAAUGGUCCCGAUCUAACAGCAGGGGUCUAAAAGUGCGACGCUUUAAUUAACUAAAGGUAUAAUUGUAAGAAAAUGUUUCUAGUCUAUAAAUAUUAAUUAUCUACAGAGCAUUGUGACUGCAAAGAAAUUACUCGGCCCAAGAAACUUUUUCUGGUGUAUUUCCCUCUAAACGAGUUUCAUUUCAUGUCAGUGACAAUGUCUUAUGUUGUAUUUUAUGUAAACGUCAAAGUUAUUUGGCCCGUUCCACCGAAUUUGACUAUUGUCAAUUUUCUUUACAGUAUAUAGUGGAGCAAACCUAUUAUAACGACGUAUAUAUUCUCAGCAGUGCCAAGAAUAAUUAUAAUGUUCUCUAUUUUUUACGUGUAAUGUAUAUAAACGUUGUAAUAAAUAAAAUAUACUUAAUUAAUUCUCGAAUAGAAA